CGGGUGAACGCAUCCGCCCAAACCGAUCCAGUGCAUACGAAGCUCAUGAAGGAAGUGUCCACCGAUGAACCCAAGGACCUGAUUCCGAUGGUGGACGAGGAGAUUCUCACCGACGGCAAUCUGGUGAUACGGGAAAUUGGAAACUUUAUCCUAACGCAUUCGGUAGCUCAGAUGACGGAGUCGAUCCCAACGCUGGACGUCGCAACGCAAACGGCUCUACCCCGAAGUGGCAUAUCGUUUCGGAAGUUCCUGGACAGUGGGGCGGCGGGUGAUGGUCCGGCACCGAAGGUGGUGGUAAUUGACGAGGCACCCCCUAGUGAAGAAGCAGUUCAACAAUCAUCCAGUCUGGAAGAGUUGAUGAAAAUCGACGAGAAGAUCAAGCAGUUCUUCAGAACUUCGGACAUGGAGGAGCUGGAUCAUCUGAACGAUUUGGAGGAUCGCAGCAGUAUCGACAGCGUUAAAGAACAGCCUACCCCGGAUCUGCUGGCGGGUUCGUCACAGGACGCAGCCCAGCACAAACCGCGAUUCCUGGAACCUCCGGCCUUCAACUCCUGGCAGAACUUGGACUUUUCGGACGAAGAGUCCGAGCAGUACGUUCCCCGUGAUCUACCGCGUCGCUCAAUCGGCGAAGGCAGUCGACCGUGGGCCGAGUUCAAAGACAUGGUGAUCGGAUCGCGGCUGGCGAACAUGCGUCUCUCCCCCAUCCCACCGCGUCGGCCACGUCCUAACAAGAAAACCGUAACCUGGAGUGACCGGCAGCACCGGGCCGUGUCCGAUCUGCUGCACGAGGCAACCGCCCUGGUGGACAUGUUCGAUCACGUCUCGAUGCUGCUCGGACCGGACAUCAGGCUGCACUCGAUCCCACCGCAGGAAGACUUCAAACUGCCCCCGCCCAAGUGGGAACCCCUGCUGGCCAAGUCCUGCGAUCUGCUGGAGGAGAAACUGGCCAAGGUUCGGCACCUGACGUUCGAGGACCUGGAUGAGGAGUUGUUGCUGCAGCCACCGGUUAGGACGCAGCCAUUUAGUGAUCUGGAGGUGACAUUGUAA